CGAAGGACGCCGGCCCUCUGCGAGCGGCCACUAACUUGACCCAGCUGGCGUUCGCGAAGCGGAGGAGACUCUGUCCCUGCAGCCCGGCCACGCUGCGCCUAUUCAGGCUGCGGCUCCCGCCCUGACGCCAGCGCCCUCCCCUCACUGCGCCCUCCCGGAACAGCUCCCGCCCCGGGAGCUCCGGCUGCGGCCAGGGGGCUUGAGGCCCGCUGAGCAUCCACACUGAGGCCAUGCAGUCCUGCGAUGGCUGCGCAGCUGCCCCGCCGCUGUGUAGGGUAAACACAAGACGUGAGGAGUACUGAGAGGGGACCAGUGGCUGCCACAGUGGCCUGAGAGGAAGCCGGUCAACAUUGUGUGAACAACCCUGCACUGUUUUCCGAGGAUGUGUUGAAGGCGUCUUAAUUAACACAGUUUGCCUCCACUCUGCCAAAGCUCUACAUCAUGGGCUGCAUGAAAUCAAAGCAAACAUUCCCAUUUCCUACCACAUUAGACACGCUACAUGAGAGUGAAGAAGCCUUUAUGCUAGAUGAUAGCUGUCAACACAGGACCCCUUCUCCAGGCAGACCUGGAGGCCUAGAGGAAGUGAAGAAACUCCCAGAGCCCAGUGCUGCGGUCGUUGAAUUUGCAGAGCGUCUGGCCAAGCAAAUCGUGCAGGACGCCAUGCAGCAGUGGGCAUGCGAAAACAUCAAGUACUACAACAUUCCAUACAUCGAGAGUGAGGGCUCUGAGACCGCUAUUGGGUGAUGAUACUUUGCUGUGCUCUGGAUGUAGUCGGUGCUAGCUUAAAUACAUGAAAUAAGUUUUAAAACUCCAACUGGAUGUAAAACCGUGUCUAUGAUAAUAUUAGUGUAGGACGCUUAUGGUGAAAUAUAAUUUUAAGCAGUUCUACGUUAACAUCAAUGUAAAUCUGCUUGAUCUCAAAUUUGGGUCACAGAAAAGAUUGGCAGAGGUCUUGUGGCACCCAGCAACCACUUGUCUGCCAUAGCAUGCUCUUCCUCAAGCAGUAAUGGCAUCACCAAAGAAAAUGUUGAAUAAAAAGUGCCCAGGUUCCAAAUGGUUAUUUUAAAGGACUGACUUUAAAAUAACUAUUUCUGUUCAUCUACACCAAAAAUAAGCCCAGAACAUGAAAAAGGGUUUCCUUAAAAUGCUUUGACAAGGAAUGGAUCUCUAGCCAUUUGUAUCAGGGACUGCCCACUCACUUCCUGUAGCCUCUAACCUACAAUUAGAAAACCACCAGAGAAGAGGGCCUCAUUGAAGGCUGCUCUUCCUUCCGAGGAAGAUGAAUUUGUAAUUGAAAAGGGUAACUAUCACACUAAGCCUCAGGGUCAUGCCACAGCUGUCACUGGAUAAUUUAAACUUUGCACAUUACAGCCAUCUUUAAAUGAUAAUUUAUAGAAGUGAUGGCAUUAGUUUAUGGCAUUGAAAUAUGAAGCUCUUCCAUACCUUUUAUCCAGUAAGUCUUAAAAAUGACAGAAGCCUAGUCUGCAAGGUGAAAAUUUGAGCCUAGUGUCAUGGCUAACCAUGGGUGAAAUCUCCCUGCAGUACUGGUGUAGGGGUGAAGGAGCAGACAUUCAGGGAGCUGUAAUUCUGCUGCACUACAGGGCAGAACAGAAACACUCCUCCCAAAGGGACCACCAAUGUGGGAUUUAGCAGUCACUUGUGCUCAUAGGGCACUCUUAGCCAUAUAAUCUCUUCCUGAACGGAGCACCUGUGUGGGAUUCAGCAGUCACAAGGCACUUUUAGGCAUAUAUUAUGGAGAGGUUGUAAAUUAGGCAUUUUAAAACUAUCAUAAGUAUAUACUUUUUAUUUUUUUAAAGAACUUAACUGUAUAAAACUCAACAUUAAGAGAAGACUUAGGACAAACUCAGUAGAAAAAUAGAGCUGAGUGUCUAGAAUUAUCACAAAGCUGUGCUAGACACUGAGUUUAAUUAGACAGGAAAAUAGGCCCAUCUACACCAGCCCUUCAGUGAUACCAUUUAUCAGCAUACUUGAAAUCCAAAACCAUUAGAGAAAGGCUUUUGGUAUUGUUAAUGAAAUAGCCAGGUACUUGAUUGUCAGUAGUGAGAAACGCUGCCUCUAGCUUUAACAGUAAUAUGUUGAAAUCCAAGCCAAAUAGUGUGAAUCCUUCAGGUUUUGGCAGCAAAGGGGUCGUUAAAGUGAGUGACAGGCCGUUUGGUUUCAGACACCUGAUCUAUCAUUCUACUAAGUUUCACUAAGCCCUGGGAAUCACAGUUCUCCACUGCACUUGUAGUCUAACAGUUUACAGAGCUAUAAGCAACUACUCUGUUCCUACAGCGAUCUGCACAUAAGUCCCAAUGCAGAGCACUUUCCAUUAAGUACAACCUCUACUUCAUGAAGCAGCAGUUUCCUGAAGAUUCAGGCAAAAGCCUAGGUCACGAGUUUUUCACUCAUUUGUUUCUCAUAUGAGGACACCUAUUGCAAGAGUUCUUGUUAUUUCAACUAUAUAAUUAAGUAUAAAAAACAAUAUGUAUUUUUUUCAGAGCAUGACAUAAUCUACACAGGGAUUUGUAAUGGCAAGAGGGUUUGGGUUAUAUGUAUUUCAACUUCAGGCUUCUUCUUUGUCCCAUGUUGAUUCCCCGAGGGUGGAGCAGGGGUGUCUGCCAGGUCCACAUCUAGCUAGAGGUCUGCUCCCUGCUGCCAUCCCCUUUCAGGAACUAUGGUGGAAGGGUUAACAUGGAGCCAGCACUGUGCCCCCAGCCUGGGUCAGGCUUUGUAUGUCAGCCCGUGAACAAGAAUCAAAAAAGAGUUGAACAAAUUUUAUACCACACUGGAUAGCUAUCAGGAUAUAGUUUGGACUUAAUGAGACAUCUCUAAUAAAGAAUCAGCCUUCUUCAUGUCUUUAUAUGAAAACAUCUGAUCCUCAUUUGAGGUCUUUCAUUGAGGAGGAGAUGACUGAGGGGGAUGAGGGACUCAGAAAGAUGGAUGAUUCAUUAGCUACUGGACAAGGACAUGUGGAGCAUCAGUGCAAGGACAGAGGGACUGCUAUCAGCAUAUGGCCUCCCAGUGGUGACUGCAGAAGCAGAUCAGCGGAGGAAAUAAAUGUGCCAAUUCUUUACUUACUAAAACUCUCAAAAUGCCUCCGUAUUCUUCCCUGCCCCCAUUGUCUCUUUGGUACAGUUACCUUUUGAUUACAGGCCUUUGAUCCUACAAGUCUCCCAUCUUAGUUGCCUUAUCAGUUGUUUGCAAACCACCUAUGGUUAUUAUCACUUAAAGCACAAUUUUGAAAGGAAAAAAAACAUGAUUAUCUUAAGCCCAAAGGAAUUUGUUCCAAACUGUCUCAUAAGCAUCAAAAAUAAAUGCACAGAAAUAGCAUAAUAUGCACAUACUACUUAAUUACCAUUGGCAUUUGGUGAGAUGGGAAGUACAUUUUACAUUUUAUUAUUUUAGAAAUCAGAAGCUAGACAUGUAUGUCAAGAAAUAGUAAUGUAUAUGUAAUGUCUAUGUGAAAUGACCCAGCAAGCCAUGUGUUUCUUCCUAGUAGCCACAAAAGCUAGCUCUGAAGAAUUAGCUGCCACUUUACUCACAAACUCGUUUUGUUAGCAAAUUCCCUUCACUGUAGGAGUUAACUCUGGAGUGAUAUUUUUCCCAAAUAUUUUUGUGAAAAUGCUUUUUUGUAACUAUAAUAAAAGUCUGAUUGCAAUGA